AGUUCCAGUCAUCCGAGUAUUUUCUACUUGUGAUCGACCAUUUUUCUGUUGUUUAUAAUUCCGGUUGACGAAGAUUUUCAUUUUGCGAUGCUUUGUUUUGUAGGACAUAGCAGUCAUUCCUUUGUGCUGUUUCCUUACCCUCUACCGCAUGGAAUUCUUCUCUCGGAUACUAGGGCAAGAUUUCUCUACUUCACUACGUAGUUGUUUUUUGUACUUCUCGUGAGUCAUUACGUAAAUUCGUUUUUUCUAGGAGUAAGGUGCACAUAAGACCUUACAAAAAAAUGGCGCCGUCUCCGGCAAAAGCUCAGCCCUCCAACCCGUUUCGGGACGAGAUUGGGAAGGGCAAUGAUAAGGCAGGAGGAAGCAGUUCUACUUCUCCGAAUAAAAAUUACUCGAAAAGCAGCAAUCAAGGAAAGAAACUUCCUUAUCGCCCCUCGAAGCACCAACAAGCGCGGUCGAAUUACUGGCGAACGCUGAUUGUGGCCGUGGUGAUGCCGUGUGUGGGAAUGUUACUCAUGUACGGAAUCCAGUUUUUUCGGAAACAGUUCCAGGAAAACUUGGAGAAAAAAGCAAAGGGCUCGUCCUCGAAGAGCAGUAAAGGCAAGCGGAUCAAGGCUGCAAAGGGACAAAAUCUUGAUGAAAGUGAACUCCCCAGCGGCAUGAAGGCAGUGCAGGCCGAGAUGAAAAUUAAUCAAGAAGUAUCGUGAGUAAAAGCUGCGUACCCACACAUGAUAUAUAAAUUUAGAUGGUCAUCUACUUGCUGCUAGUUUAUAAUUUUGUAGCUACGCAAUCGCAAACGCAAGGUCUUAAGCCGCACGGGCGAUAGCUGCAUCUUGCGCUGGCACGUUCUGGGCAUGGUGCAGAUUUGGUAAAAAAUCACAAGCGUCAGGUGGGGACGAACUUUUUACACAGGAUAAAAAAUGAUGUAUGACCUGGCGGGGAUGCGGGAGCUUAUGAAGGGAGGUACGGGUUAAACCUAUAAGAAAUAGCCUCAAUAAAAUGAUGGAAAUGGAAUGAAGCAAAACAUGAUGUUGACCAUGUCACCAACUUCGCUUAACAAGUAAAACGUAAUACAGGCAAUCCCGAGGUCGCGUAUAAGAAAUCGUUCUGGACGCCGGCGAACGAGGGUGAAUUCCUGGACUUUUUGCUUUCCGAGGACCGGUAUGAAAUGCAAAAGUAUCGUACUCGUAUAUUUGCAUUACAAAUUUCCUCAGCAUGAGAAAUAAAAUUGGUAAUGCGGAUUUACCUUGAAAAAAAAAAUAAUGCAUGAUUGCCAUACGAUUACGAGUACGAGACUUUUGCAGUUCAUAGCCGGUUUUUCCACAAGCGCAAUGGGGUCAUUUUGGCGGUGCACAUGCCGGAGUGCGUGUUUUGCCAGAAGUUGGCGACGGAUUUGAAUCUGUACUUCGCGAUAGGCGAUGCAAAAGCAUCGUACUAGGUGGAAAUAAUUGCAUGACAAACUAACCCAGCAUUUUGACAAACUCAAUUUGUAAUGCGGAUUUACCUUGAGAAAGAGAUUUGUAAUGCAUUAAUGCAAUUACUAAGAAGUGCGAUACUUUUGCACAGGAUACGCGAAGCACAGCCAGGGGAUCAUCAGCUACAAACACAUCCACGACAGCGUGGGGUUGAGUUUGGAGAAGAACGAUCAUGGUGGACAAACAGAGGGCACCAGCACGGGCAGCAGCAGCUCCGUUGAUGGUGCGGAAGGAACUACGGGAGCAGCUUCUGGAGUUGCACAGGGAGCAUCUUCUUCUUCAGUGGACUUUCACAAUUUGUCGGACGAGGUCAAACGAAACAUUACGCGGCUAGGAGGUAAUGUGAAAAUCGCGAUUUCUAAUGCUUUUUCUCGAUGAUAAUCAUUCUGCUAUGCGAUUCUGGCAGCUGUAGUAGUUGUCUUCACCACCAAUAAUUGAUCCCACUACCUCUUUGCAUGAUCGUCAUCAUCAUCGAUCUCGCCAGCACGGGGCAAUAAAUGAAAUUUUUGUCAUCUGUUUCAAUCGGUAUUUGUUCCUAUCAGGUCUCGGCCAGACGGGUCUCUAUUUCGGUAUGGCUGACACGAACAAUUUAUCUGCCGAAUUCCGGGAGAAGUACAAAGUCCCCCGCUCCUACCCCGCCAUCGGUCUCUGGACGACGGAAAAAGACAAAGACGAAGCCUCGCCGACGUUUGGCUAUGCAUUUUUGCAUCAAAAGUACUAUCGUACUAGUAUGAAUCGCAUGACAAAUUUAUUUUCUCAGCAUGAAACAAGAUAGAAGUUGUGAUAUGCGGAUUUUCGUCAAGGUAUUUGCAAUUCAAGUCUUCGAUUCAUACUACUUGUGCGAUACAACUUUUGCAAUGUAUAUUGGCCAGCGAGUACCGAGGGUGCAGUGGUAUGACCAGGACAAGUAUGCGCCGUUGUUCCGACACGGGGCGGAGCGGAUUAUUGAUUGGGCGGAGAAUAUGGUGGAACUGAAAAAGUACCAAAUGGAGAUGCGACGAAUGUUUACCGCGGUGGCCAUGACAGGGGAUGAAAGCUCGGAGAUUCCAGCAAACCCCCCGACGGCGGAUAGUGCAACAACGGACGACCUGCUUAAAAUCUUGCGGGAUCCCAUGGUGAAGAUGCCCACUCUGUCCGAGGUGAAGCGAGGGAUAAAGGACAAGUUUCAAUUCGUUCUCAACAACGGCGGGGGCGAAGAAGACGAGAGGACCGGUCUGCCGGCUGUUGUGGCAAAGAUUUUGGAAGAGGGCAAAAACUACACAAUUUCUACGGCUUCCAGUACUAUUGAGAGGAAAAAUCCCCCCUCCCCAUUUCGAAAAGGCAUGCUUCCGAAAAUUUGCGUUGCUGAUUUGAGGCCACAAAUCAAAUUUGUCUUGCAAGAAGACCAUGGCAGAAGCUUCCGCCCCAUUCUGGAAGCGAUUUGUCACGCUGUUGGGCCUAAAGGGGAGCCGUUUGCAAUGCUGAGCACCUAGACCCCUACGCCCCUACCUAGCCUGGGGAUCUGGCCGCAAUGCCCUCCUGCAGUACAGAGCUGAUUUGUGUACGCUAAUCCAGCAUGACAAACUUCGUCUCGAUAUGGGGUGGGGGGAUUUUUCCUUUUGAUAAGUACUUCUUCUUCUUCUGACAAAGCUGUCUCUACCUCCGCCGCGGAAGAGAAAAGCAGUGAUGCAAAUAAACAAGAUGAAAGCCUACAACAGAAGGACGAGACCACAACUCUUAUGAAGAAGCAACUGGAAGAGAAUCUCCGCAGCAACAAGCUGAUUCACCCGUUUUCCACCGGACAUGUGAAGCGGGGUAAUGUCUUUACCAGCACGUUCGGGAAGACGAAUUUGCCCGGGAACGCGCGAAUGGCGUUCUUUGUCUCGCCGCCGCUGUAUCGUGAGGAAAAAUCCCCCCUCCCCAUAUCAAAACGAGGUUUCUGAUGCUGGAUUUCCGUACACAAAUCAGAGCUGUCUUGCCGUACAGGAUUGGAGGCAUAUGCCGUGCCUGAGUACAGAGCUUCUGACGUGGACGCUUAGCAUCACAAAUGUCUGCGCUGUAGCCCAAGCAGCAUCACAAUAAACCGUCCGCAUAUAUAAUAAUGCGGCGGAGACUGUAGAGUUGCCUUCUUGCAAGACAAAUGUGAUUUGUGACCUCAAAUCACCAACACAAAUUUUCGGAGACAUACCUUUUCAAUAUGGGGAGGGGGAUUUUUCCUUUCAAUACGCUGGCCAAACUCGCGACGGAGAUGUACUACAAAGUGGGGAAACUGGAGCAGCUGAAGCAGUAUCAAAUGCAAAUGUGUCUGGGUCUGGGAGAUAAUUGCGAGAUCUGUCAUGCUAGUCUGGCAUGACUCUCAACUCUGGAUUGCGUGCCCGCAAAGAGGAGCUCCUCUUGUCUGUCAUGCAAAAACGUAACUUCUCUUGUGGAGCACGCAACUCUGAACCCCAGAUGAGAAACUUGUCAUGUUGGGCAGCACAUCACAGUGUGCUCCCUGUUCCCUUCCUUGCAUCACAAACUUCUAGAUUCAGACUUAUUUGCAAUGCAUAAGCAGCUCGGCAAGCCGUCUUCCUUCGAAGAGCACAAGGCGAGGAAGAAACAGGAAAACGAAAUUUACCAAACGGUUAUUGACGGGAAGCUGCAGAUCGCGGACUCGCAGUUCCAGAGUUUUGACAAUCUAUCCCUCUACAGCUACAUGGUAGAAGACGAUGAAUGGGAAGUGUCUCGCGGCGGACGUAAGAUUCUUUCUUCCGCCGGAGUGGUCGUCUCAGGAGGGGACGAUAAAAAAGCAGAAGAGCAAACUGAUGCCAUCGCUGCAACUUCUACAUCUACCAAAGCUGAGGUCGUCGUAGGUGCCCAAGAUGAAGAUGCUCCUGCUGACGUCAGUGAAGACAAAAAUGACAACAUCAAUAAAUUCAGUAUUUACAGUCCGUCCGGGGCGCCCGCGAAGCGGUUUCGAAGCCAUACGGAUCCUUUUCAGAACGGGCUUGAGAAGAAGGAUCUUGUGGACGACAUGUUUAAGAAUUUUCUAGUUGCGAAAAAUCACCCAGCGGGGUUGGAUUGCAAAAAGUACAGGGAAGCGGUGGUCGCGAGGGAGAGGGCCAAGAUGUUGACGAUGCAAGAACAACAAGAAGCGGAAGUGGAGCAGGAUGAACCUAUUGAAAACAAAGCGAAUCAUGAAGAGGGGACAGAAGAUGCUUCUGCACCUAGAAGUACCUCUUCUACUCCUGCUGCACCGAAGGAAGUAGCCGACACUGCAGUUGUUGAGGCGGAACUGAAGGACGCGCAACUUGCGGAAAUCAAGGAGGACAAAGCUGGCGCUUUUGGUUCUGAGGACAAAGAGAAAGAGGACUCAGAAGACGAAAAAAAGCAACAAGAAGAGCAACUCCCUGUCGCCUCGUACCAUCCGUGCAGCGAGUUCAUUAUCACCCGCGCCUUCGUAUCCUCUGCAAAAGUAUCGUACUCGUAUAAAUGCAUGACAAAUUUCCUCAGCAUGAGAGAUAAAAUUUGUAAUGCUGAUUUAGCUUAGGAACACGAUUUCACCCGCGCCUCCGAUGUAAUGCUGAUUUAGCUUAGGAACACGAUUUGUAAUGCAUGUUUGCAUAUAAUUACUACGAGUACGAUUCUUUUGCAGUGGAUACUUCGUGCACGCCGACCAGGAGGAUACGGAGUUGAUGACGGCGGAUUCCCAGUACUCUUUCAUCAACGAGGAAGAGGCCCGGAACUUUCUGUUGGGUCAGGACAAAGAGGGGUUGCCGAAGUUGAAGGGAUUGAUUAUGGCACUCGCAACCGUUUUUACAUUCGCAACUGUUACAUGAUUUGUCAUGCAAAAGGACCAUGAGCCACCAGACAAUCAAGCUGCCGGGCAUGACAAAUCAUCGAAGGGCUAAACAGCAUCUAAGUCUGUGGCAAAUAAAUUUGUGAUGCAAGACUUGCAACCUGUUGCUUUCCCUAUUGCUGUUUUUGCAUCACAAAUUCGUGUAACAGUUGAGAAUGUAACAUUUGAGAACUCCAUAUUGAUGUACCCCGCGUAUGGGCGGGUGUACCCAGAAUCCCUACGACACGAAAUGCAGCACGGGGUCAAUCUGAUUGUGCUGGUGACCAACAAGCGGGUGACCGAUCCGAAACUGUUGCAGGCCUUGGAAAUGGUGCAGCCCAUGUUUCACUUCAUGGCGCAUGCCGGGUGGAUAUCAAGUGCAAAAAUGUCUGGGUCUGGAAGAUUGGAAGACUUGCCAUGCAGCACAUUUUGCAUGGCCCUUAGCUUCCCAACAUGACCCGUGACGCCUGUAAUGCAUGGCCCAGCAUCACACAUUUUGUGACGGCUUUCUGAUGCCUAUACCGCAUGAGGAACACGAACACCCCCUCUGCGUAGCAGAAACUGGACUCCUCUCGCUGCUUACGCAAUACAGAUUUUUUUCGAAUCCAAAGACAGCAUGACAAGUUGCAUCCUUCCGGACCCAGACAUUUUUGCAUUUGAUAGUGGACCGAGUGGGGCGACCGCGAGCGGGACGUGUGGCAGUUUAAGACGAACGACAACAACUACAAGAGCAAGGCGGAGUUCGUAUCCUGAAUAAAAACGUCCCCACACCAGAGUCAAGAUGGUGACUUUGCUACACAAAUCAACAAGUUUUAGCUGUUUCCCAUGACAAGUUUAGACGCAUAGUGUAGUGCUGUUUGAGGUAGUGCAGCCGCAUGACACAUCGACUACCUUAUCCUGAUUCCAGCAUCACAAAACUUCCCCAGAGAGCAUGCGAAAAUGUCUCUCAUGGGGAUCCGCAUGAGAACAAUUUUGCGCAUGCGUUUUUGCAUGACAACUAUGGGGUGGGGGCGUUUUUACAUAGGAUAGUUCGACAAGAAGGCUCCGCUGCAGCUGUCCGCGCACUUCGCGAUGAGCACGGUCAAGCUGUACGGCGGGCGGGACGCUCAAGGAGAGGAGUUGGACUUGAAGGGCAUCGAGUUGAAAGAGUUUUCCCGGCCGUUCCCCAGGUCCGUGUCCGCGCUCCGCGAAGACCCGAGCUCGCUUGCGGAGUGGAUCGUGAAGAGCAUGCAGGUAUCCUGAGCAAAAACGUCCCCAUGAUCCCAUAGUCAAGAUGGGAAAUCUGCUACACAAAUCAACCAACUUUGGCUGUUUCGCAUGACAAGUUUGUCGUCGAAGUGCAGUGCUGUUUGAGGUAGUUCAGCAGCAUCACAGAUCUAGCAUAUCAUGCUAAUUGGAGCAUGACAAGUUCCAAAACACGACUAGAAAACGCCUCUCGUGGGGCUUUGCAUGAGAAGCAUUUUCAUCAUGCAGAUUAAAUCUGCAUGAUGAAAAUGCUUCUCAUGCAUUACAGCAUGGCGCUGUGGGGACGUUUUUCCUCAGGAUAGCAGGAGGUGCACCAAGCAGCCCGGGAAUUUUCGGACAAUAAAAAGAGGCAGAAGAUGAAUCUGCUGGAGAAGGCGAAACUCGACGAAGCGCAGCAGCGGUUCGAGAAAAAUCAUUUGAUGCUGUGGGAGAAUUAUGCAUCGCAAAUAAAGUAUCGUACUAAACUACAAAUUGCAUGACAAAUUGGCUCAGCAUGACAAAUGAAACUUGUAGUGCUGAUUUGCCUGUUUAACCUGAACUUGUAUUGCAUACUUGCAAUUAGAGUGCGAUACCCUUUUGCAGUGGAUAAGAACCUUUCAAAGUUGCAAGGCGCGAUGAAGGUGGACGAGGCGAAGUUUGAGCAGGAAGUGGAAACCGCGAGACAGACCCUGUCGCAGUUUAUGCAUUGCAAAUAUGUCCGGAUCUGGAAGAAUGCAAGUUUGAAAUGCUCAGCUAGCGAGACUCUCAAGUCUGUCAUGCACGUUCUUACCCGACAACCCCACUUUUCCUUGAUGCAGAAACGCAGUUUGUCAUCCGAAAAAAUAGGCAGAAUACCUAGGAGCUCACAUGAAACUUGUCAUGCUGCGCCACCUCUUAUGGCCUGCCUCCUCAUGCUGCGCCGCUCAGCAUUGCAACUUUAUAUACACCAGACCCGGACAUCAACAUCUUUGCACUGGAUACGGUUCACCGGGGAGCAAUGGGAGGAGAAGAAAAAACAAUUGCGCGCGGAUUUGGCAGGAACUACAACCGGAAGUGACGAACAGCAGACCGAGGUAGAUGACGAAGAGGAAGAUGGGCUCCUGGACAUGCAGGAGCUGGAAAAACAGGUGGAGAAAGACCUUUUGGAGAUGACCGAGGAGAAGCGGCAGAACUACAUCCUGCGAGUGUUGCUGGACGCGCAGCUGUUGCACGCAAAGGAAGUGAAUGCGGUGAUGGCGAAGACGCAAACGGAAAUCGACAAUCUGCAAGACCAACUAGACAAGCACCAGGACCGCGAGGCGGAAGAGGGCAAGGUGGAAGAUGAAGAUCCCAAUAGCAGUGCUGAUGGUGAUGUCGAGUCUUCGCACAACAACUCACAGGUGGACGUCGAACAAGCAGAAGAAGGUACCACGAGUACGACGGACAAACAGGACGAGGACAGCACUUCUUCUGCAGAACAAGCUGCGUCGGCCACCUCAACUUCUAGCAAAGAAAAAGAUGGUGCUGACGUUGUUGUUGGCCAAGAUGACCAGGGAGACAAAACAGCUUCCACGACUGGAGCAGACGAAGUCUCAAACCCGUAAAAAUCAACGCAUGCAGUUGCGUCGUGAGAAGAGGGGGAGUUUUGUAUGAAAAGUUUUUUGGAAAAAGUGGGACAAGAAGUGCUUUUCAUCAUUCUAGUUCUACCUCUGGCAGCUCUGAGAACGAAUAAAUGACACGAAAAGGAUCAGUAGAGUGCCAAUCUUCUACACUGUUUUAAACCUCUGUUGCGAAACCAAUUUUCACAAAAACGACAACCAGUUUUAGAGUUACGAUCUUUUUGUAGGUACACCGAUUUGAUUUUUCGAUGUUUUGUUUUAAUGACCGACGACGUAUUUUAUGAUCUAGAAGAUCUACUACCACCACUCCACCAGGAUUAUUGCGCUCCAAAAAAGUAGUGGUCCUGCUACUGGUCACACCAACAAAGUACACGUCCCUCAAAAGUAUUGGUACUAGUAAACCUCGCCUCGAAUAUCUGAAUCUGA